AUGGCACGCCGCGCAGAGGUCAAGCUCGGACCACGCCUCAAGGUCGCAGCCGUGAUCGACCCAGCCAAUCCUCCUACUCGCGCCCAGGCCGCACUCGCUGAGAAGAGCAAGCUGUUCGUCGCCGACAGCUAUGCCAACACCGAGAUCCUCCCCAGCAUUGCCGCCUAUGCCGAAAAGGUGAAGGCAGGUCAUGCCCCAGUGCCCAAAGCAAUCUUCGUCGCCUCACCCCCGCAGUUCCGCGGCGGCCUGGAACCUUACAACGACCUCGAGAUCCAGAUCAACAAGUACUUUCCCAAUGCCGCCAUCAUGGUCGAGAAGCCAGUCGCUACGGGUACCCCAUGGUUAGAGUCUGUCGGCCAGGCUAAAGAGGUCGGCCACAUUCUCGAGACUCGUCACAACGGUGUCGUCGCGGUGGGCUAUUGCCUCCGAUACCUCAAGCUCGUGCAGAAGAUGAAGGACAUUAUCGACGAGAACAACCUUACUGUCAUGGCCACGUUCGGGCGGUACAUCAUGGCCUACGAGUUGGCUGUGAAGACGACUCUCUACGCGCACGCCAUUGAGGCGGACGAAAAGCCCGGCCAGCUGAGCAAGAAGAACUUUGACGACGAUUCGAUCCCCAUGGAGGACAAGAUUCCUCGCGUGACAAGUGCCAACUGGAAGUACAAGUCUGGUGCAGUCGGUUCGCUCCUCCACGGCACGGUCCUGCACGGUGUCGACUAUUCGAUCGAGCUCGAGGUGUACUGUGACGGAUACCAGAUGAUCCUCCAGGACCCAUACGGUUCGCCAUCCCUCGCAGUCCGCCGCCCCGGAUCAGACAAGCAUGAGAUCACGCCACUCGACGACGACCCGUACACGACCGAGGUGUCCAACUUUAUCGAUGCGAUUGACGGCGGCCCCGAUCCCCGUAUCCUCUCCACGUACGAGGACGCAGCAAAGAGCUACGAGUUUACAUGGGCCAUCCGCCGUGCCAGUGAAACCAGCACGCGCAAGCGGCGGGCAAAGAUCCCCACCACCUGA